UUUAUUUAAUGUAUGUGGUCAUGCUGGUAACAACUGGAGGUGAAUAGAAAUGACUCUGGUCGUGAUUGCCAGGAGGGUCUUUUCCUCUGUGAGCAGCUAAGAGAUUUACAUUUACAAAUGAACCACAAAGGGGACCAGGGAAAACUAUGCCUGUGCGCUAUCAGCUUUCAAAGGAUCAAAUCCCACUGCUGCCAUGGGUAGCUGCCCCUUGCUGUCAGAGCUGUGUAGACUUUGAAAUAAAAAAAAUGUAAAAAGUGCAGAAGACAAUUCUUUCUGUAAGAUUGGGCAUCUAGUAACUUUUUUUUAUUAUUUUACUUUAUUCAAGUACUGUAACAUACCAGAGCAGUAGGAGUUCAGUGAUUUUAGUUAUUCGACAGUGCAAUACAAAAAAAACUGUCUUCAAAGGCUUCUUCAAAAGGGUUGCAGUCUGCAUUUUAAAGUGGAUUACAUGUGAGGGAAGGAUUUUUUUUUUUAACUGCAGUUUUCUAGUUCCUGCUACUUAUGUGCUUUAUUCCGAUGGAUUAAAAAGCCAACCUAAAUGGAUUUCUCUUCCUGUAAUUUUUGCAGCCUAUGAAUGGAUUACAGAUGCUCGCUGUCUCAGUUUAACCUUUUCUAGAAAGUUAUUAUGGUAACACUCAGAAAAUCGCGUUGUUUGCUGUACAGUAAAUCAGGAGGUGACUGCAACCCCCCCAAAAAUCUUCAAUUUGACCACUGAACACAGCGGCAGUUGACAGUCUCAGAUUCUCUUUUUCACCUGUCUGUGGAGUUUCCUUCAAGAAUGGUACCUCCCCCACCUGCUAAUAAGCCUCACAUGUGCCUCUCCACUAUCCUCAUUAUGGGCAGCAUGGUGCUAAUGGAUGCCUAUCUUGUAGAGCAGAACCAAGGGCCACGGAAGAUAGGCAUCUCCAUCAUGGUAAUGGUGGGGGACCUCUGCUUCCUCAUCAUCCUUCGUUACGUGGCCCUGUGGGUGGGAGCGGAGGUCAGGACUGCUAAAAGAGGUUACGCCAUGAUCUUGUGGUUCCUCUACAUCUUCGUGUUGGAGAUCAAAGUCUACUUCAUCUAUCAGAACUAUAAGGCAGACAGGCAGAGCCUUGACAUCAUUGCGCGGAAAGCCUUGACGCUCCUGCUGUCCAUCUGCGUCCCUGCCCUGUAUGUACUCCUGGCAGCCAUCGACCACAUGGAGUACAUAAGAGCCUUCAAGAAGAAGGAGGAGCUGAGGAACCGACUCUUUUGGGUGGUGGUGGACCUCUUGGAUAUUUUGGAUAUACAAGCCAAUUUAUGGGAGCCACAGAAAAAAGGGCUCCCCCUGUGGGCCGAAGGACUGAUGUUCUUUUACUGUUAUAUUUUGUUACUGAUCCUUCCCUGCGUGUCUCUGAGUGAGAUAAGCAUGCAGGGGAUCAAUAUAGUGCCACACAAGAUGAUGCUGUACCCCAUACUGAGCCUGGUCACCAUAAACCUCAUCACCAUCUUCAUCCGAGGGGGCAACCUGAUCAUCUUCCGGGAUGCUACAGUGUCAGGAAUCCUCAUGGGAAAGAACUUCUUGGCUAUCCUCCUGAAGACCUGUAGUUUCGUACAGUAUAGAAAGCAAUUGCAAAGGGCCCCUCCUGGCUUGGCAAUCGAACUUCAAAAGAACUCUGUACCCCACAACCAAGCAUUACCGGCCCCGCCUCCAGUGAAUGUACAAAAUCAAAUGGCAUUGCCCGGGGUAACUGGAUGUGAGAGCACAUGACAUAAGAUUCUGGGAUUAAACGGACAGUGUUGAAGGAUGGACGGGAUAUUUUUACAGUUGAGAGGAUAUUUUUUAUGUGGUAGCUGGUACAGUAUGUCAUCAAACAAAGUCAAGAAGAUGGUUUCGUGUGGUUUGUUUCUU